AUGGUGCAGCAGGCAGACGCCCCUCUCCCUCAUGACGCCUCCGUGGCGGAUAAGGACCUUCUCUUCUACUAUGACAAGCUGUUUCCGUUUGGCGAGCUGUCUAAAUGGCUAACCUACAAGAAUUCUCCUCACCUCCCAGAGAGCGAGGCGAACGACCCGCUCUUCUUCGCCAAGAGAGAAGUUUGCUUCACCUGUCGGAAGCCUGGCGGCGUCGACAAUGCAGACGAAUUCUUCCUUAGAUGGCAGUCUUUCAGGACCGUCGAGGAGAUGAAAGAGAGACUGAAAGAUAUGUCUUCACUCGUCUGCUUCAAAUUCGAUUUCGGAGCUGUCUACUCCCUCCCCGUCUCGGAAAAAGAUUCUUUCCACACAGCAUUCAAACCCGAACAGAAGGAACUCGUCUUCGAUAUUGAUAUGAACGACUACGAUGACAUUCGGACGUGCUGCACAGACAAACGCGUUUGCCAAAAGUGCUGGGCCUUUCUGGAAGUCGCGAUGUCCCUGCUUGACUCGGCGCUCCGCGAGGAUUUUGGAUUCGAAAAUAUUCUCUGGGUUUACUCUGGGCGCAGAGGCGUUCACUGCUGGGUGUGCGACUCAUCGGCCCGACUGCUCCCGAGCGACGGCCGAGCGCAGCUGUGCGAGUAUCUGAACUUGUGCACGGGCUCCGAUCAACAAAUGAAAAAAGUGAUGCUGCGAGGCGGUCGGGUGCAACCCUAUUUUGUCGACCGUGCAUUUUGCUUGGCGUAUCGGCGCUUUCAGCGCCUGUUGGAGGAGCAGGAUUUCUUUGCGAGCGAUUCACCGCAUCUCCCUGCAUCCGGGGAGUUCCAAGACAGCACUGCGCCUCAGUUCCACUACCAGAAGCUGCUGAACUACCUCCCAGACUUCGCUGCCGAAACGAGCGGUUCUUCACGUUCGUGGAAGGGGACCGCAAAGAGCGAACGGCGAGAAGGCGCUCGCGGAGCGCCGGCGGGGGCGUCGAGCGGCGCGUUUGCGGUGGCGAAGCCGCACAUGUCUGCCUGGGUCAAGAAACGCGUGAGCGAACGGAGACGGUUUUCUUCCGAGGAGCUCUUCAACGAGUUGUGCGCCGUCGCAGGCUGCCCGCGCCCUCGUGACUUCUCCGGAGAUGUCGAGGACGUCAAACAAAUCCCCUCCUUCAUCAAGGAAAUCGUUCUCGCGUACUCCUAUCCCAGGCUCGAUAUCAAUGUCAGCAAGGAUAUCGGGCAUCUUCUCAAGUCGCCGUUCUGCAUCCACCAUAGCACAGGGCGGGUGUGCGUCCCACUCGACGUGGAGUCUGACGCAGGGCGGGGUUCUGGAACCCGGCAGCGGUUUGAUCCUGCGCGAGUUCCAACGUUGACCUUGCUGCGUCGCCAGUUCGACGACCCGGCGCGCGCGCACUUGCCGCCGCAUCAGCGAACCUCCCUCGCACCUUACCUCGAUUUCUUUCGGGAUCAAUUCCUUCACAGUCUCCUAAAAAACGUUACAGAAGAAAUGAAAUAUGUGAAGAAGCUGCUCGAAGGCGUCGACGCGCGGGUUAAACCGGAGGCGUGUUUUUGA